UUAUUAUUUGUUUAUGUUAUUUCCCUAUUUUAUGUAAGGACUUACACGUGUGGGGAUAGAGAUAUACGCUUUAUAAAAUAAUGGUUUAUCGAAUAUCAAAUGAGUGACUUUACAGCCUGCGAGAUUUUCCAACACUGGAUAUUCGAACAAGCUUGAACCGACCGACCACUUCCACUUCCGUUCCGCCAUAGCCCGUAAGAGGGAAAGCAAUUAUUUUUUGUUUACGUUUUUUCCCAUUUUAAUUUUUAUGUUAGAAAUAUAACAGAAUGGCAUCUCAGUUUGGUGCUGCUAAAAACCCACCAUGGGCUAGGCCUCCAGCAGAUUACAUGAAUGCUAAUCAAGCAACUUCAAUGACACAAAAUCAACUUUCACAAGCUCAGCAACUUGGUAAUACAAUCAUGGUACCUGGUAACCUUGGUAACCCAACUGUGUACAGUCUGGGAUCAAACAACCCAUCAUUAGGUACACAGCAAUAUAAUGCUGCAUUAAACGCUGUAAAUCUACAACAGCAACAGGCUGCGAAUGCUUUGCCUCCACCUCAAGCUGUUUUGCCUCAGCCAGGCAUAGCCACUCCUACAUCAUUAGCUUCACAUCAGGUACCUACUGUCAGCUACCCAGCACCACGUGUUGCUCAACCACAGACAUUACCCCAGGGGAUGAAACAAAGAGUAUUUACUGGUACGGUCACCAAACUUCAUGAUACGUUUGGUUUCGUCGAUGAAGAAGUAUUCUUUCAGAUGACGAGUGUGAAAGGAAACCAGCCUAAAGUAGGUGAAAGAGUUCUGGUAGAAGCAGCUUUCAAUGCUAGUAUGCCAUUUAAAUGGAAUGCAACCAGAAUACAACUUCUUCCUGGACAGCAGCCACAAGGAGUUAAUGUACAGCCUACAAUGAAGAGUAAUAUAGGUAUGGGUCAAAUAUUACAUUCCAAUGUUAAUGCUAAUAUACAACCUACACAGAUGUCAAUGAAUGCUGUUCCACCACCUCCCUUAAUGUCACAUGGAGCUAACGAUUAUAGAAGUGGUAUAUUAUCUAGCCAAGGAUCAUCAUCUCGAAUGGGUCCGAAUCAACCUCCAAUUCAUCGUAGUGAACCAAAUAGAUUUAGUUCUAUGAAAGAUAGAGAGAAACAUGCUGAUCGAGAGAGAGAACGGAGAGAUAGAGAUCGAAUUCGAGAUGUCAGGAGGAAAAGAUCACCCCCUCGACAUUCUAGAUCGCCAGUCAGAAGUCCUCCCAGAAAACGGGCCCCCAGCAGCAGAAGUACUCCAAGAUAUGUUGUACAGAUUCCCAAAUUAUCAUUAAACUUGAAAAAUGCCAAUGUUGUUAUGUUAAAGACACGUUAUAGUAAUAUGUACAUCCCUAGUGAUUUCUUCUAUACUGAUUUAAGAUGGAAUGAUGCAUUUCCUCUAGAAAGACCAUUUAAAUUAGGCAAUACUUGUAAUUUUCAUAUAAUGGACAAGGAUGUUGAGUCCAUCUCUCCUAAUAAAACACCAUUAGAUCCUCCUGAUGUUGACCAUGCAUAUGUUGCUAAGGUGAUGUUACUAUCUUCGGCUUCAUUGGAAGAUUUGUAUCAUAAAUCAUGUGGUUUGGCUGAAGACCCACCAGAUGUUCAGGAAGCCUUCCAGCAUCCCACUAGACUCCUUCAAUUUCUAGUUGGAGUCCGUGGCAAAAAUGAACCAAUGGCAAUAGGUGGUACGUGGUCACCAUCGCUUGAUGGUGCUGACCCCGCAGGUGACCCUCAGGUUCUGAUUAAUACGGCUAUUAGAACUACUAAAGCUUUAACUGGUAUAGAUUUGUCUAGCUGUACAAAAUGGUAUCGGUUUGCAGAGAUCUGUUACUUGCGACCUGCUGGUUCCCACAAGGGACGUCAAUUAGAUGACAGAGUUGAAACGGUGGUAAUUUUCAUGCCAGAUGUAUGGAUGUGCACCCCAUCUCGUAUAGAGUGGGAGGAAUUACAGUCAGCCUACUCCAAGCAGCUUCAGACUAAAAUAGCCAGUAGUCCCGAUCCAAAGGACCCAGGCACACAGGCACUGCUAAUAAUUUGAUUUCUUUUCUCCACAGUGGUUUUUAUAUGAAACAUAAUUCUUUUGUCUUCAUUCAUAGUUUUUAAAAAUUUAUCAAUGAAAUUUAACUUAUUGAUUUUAAUUACACAGAAGUGACAUCAAGUGGUAAAUAUGCAGUCUUUAAUUUGUUAGCUACCAUACUUGAGGAAAAAUUUAAUAUCUAUAUAUGAUUUACAUAUUUAUAAUAACUUACAGCUGCUUUCACAGCUUAAACAUACAUUAUGCAAGAGCUAAAUCUGUCUAUUGCACUAAUUGCAGGUCUUUCUUUAGGCCUGAAAUGUUAUCUGAAUUAUUAAUUUGACAUUAAUUAACCUGUCCAGACCAUAAUCAACUCUAGAUGGCAUCGCUAGCCUGCAAUCUUUAGUGGAUUAUGAGCCGAUUUACUGCAUGAAAUGUUAUCUGAAUUAUUAAUUUGACAUUAAUUAACCUGUCCAGACCAUAAUCAACUCUAGAUGGCAUCGCUAGCCUGCAAUCUUUAGUGGAUUAUGAGCCGAUUUACUGCAUGACUUUCCUUCACGAUUUAACGAUUAAAUGGGUAAUCGAGACUAUGCUGUUUAUCGUACUGGCUUUAGUAAUGAUGAUUGCAAAUUACCUUUAUAUUAUCUAGUUUUUAACUGUUAUGGUGAGAAUUGUCAACUCGUUAUCGAAUCUCCCAUAAU